CUAGUGUGAUAUCAGCUUGGAAAAUUCUAGCGUGAUAAUAAACGUUUGAGAAUAUUUUUUGCUGAUUUGCUUCGUUCCUGUCGAUGUCAUCUACUUGUCGUAAUAGGUGCGGGUAAUUAAACAAGGCACAGUUGUCAAUUAAACACGAUUAACACAUGUCCGUAUAUGCGAGAAACGAAACAUGAUAGAAUAGUUGAGAAAAAUGUGGAGAAAUCAUUGGGGCAUUUACAAUGUACUGUGUGUUUUAAUACCUAUUGUUUACGGACACGACUUUCGGCACUUCGACGAUACGGUUAUAUUUAAAAUAAACUGGCCUGGGAAGAGUGACACGGAGUUAUUAGAACCUCAUCCGAAUGUGGAACCAUAUUUUAUAACUACAGCCAAUAAUGAACGAUAUAAAUGCAUAAUUCCUGAUGCAACGGAACAGGAACAUGAGUACAGUGAAACGUAUAGCGGACCAAAUCCAGUCCAGCUUUUGCAGCCAAUAUUUGCUCAAAAUAGUUGCUCCUAUAGGCUAGAGUCAUACUGGACUUAUGAAUUGUGCCAUGGCAGAUAUGUACGGCAAUAUCAUGAAGACAGGGAGGGGAAGAAAAUUAAAAUGCAGGAAUAUUAUCUUGGUACCUUGGACAAAGCGCAAAAGAUGAAACUUUCUACUUAUUAUGAUGAGCAAGCAAAGAAUCCCAGUAGAAAGUUAAAUAUACCAAUUAAGAAGAUCGAUGGAAUCAAUAUGCCAUAUGUUGAAAUUGAGAUGACUGAUGGUACAAUGUGCGAUUUGAAUAACAAGCCGAGAAUUAUCAGGGUAUUAUAUGUCUGUUAUAAGCAUGGUAAACACGAUGUGUAUUCGCUGAAGGAAACAAUGACUUGUGAAUAUGAAGCGAUAGUACUUUCGCCGGUACUGUGCGCUCAUCCAGAUUAUAAACCGUCAGACACUGGAGAAAAUGAGAUCACAUGUCAGCCUGUCGGUAAUGCGCCAAAGAAACCCAAGUCGCUCAUGGCGAUGGAACAAGAGAGUUUAAAAAUGCGACAUCAGCAAGCAAGGGAUGACAAGCAGCAGAAAGUGUAUGCAAUCAUCCAUGUAGAUAAGGAAGGCCAGGAUGGGGAGCAGAGAGUUAGGGUCGAGAUACAUCCGCUGGAUGUUUCGGAUAAACAUAACAAUGCCGAUGAACCUGUCAACUUGAUAGUUGAUCAGAGUAUUAGUCCUGCCCAAGUUAGUCCUGUUCAAAAUUUUCUCAGUGGAAAGAAUUGUCUGCACGGGGGCAAUGGCUGGUGGAAGUACGAGUUCUGCUAUGGACGCUCUGUCGUUCAAUAUCAUGUAGAAAGAGAUGGCACGAAGACGAUUGUCAAUCUUGGUAGAUUUGACAAACAGAAACACUUGGAGUGGAUCGCCGCGCAUCCACACAAGAAACCCAAACCGCCAGAAUUGAGGAAGCAUCUUUCGCACUUUUACAGUGACGGAAGUAGCUGUGAUAAGACUGGAAUUGCUAGGCAGACUGAAGUGAAACUAAAAUGCGUGGAGAAUCAUACGAUAGCAAGUCCGUCUAGUGUGUCGUUAUUUUUAUUGGAACCAAAAACUUGUGAAUAUGUUCUGGGAGUUGAAUCACCGGUGAUCUGUGAUAUCUUACAGUACGCCGACGAAUAUGGACUUCUAAGUGAAAAGUUUGAAGCACAUUUCAAACUGAAAGCUGCGUCGUUACAUGUGGAGCAAGAUAAUUUCGACGAACGGAUAGCUAACGGAGACGAUUAGAACAAUUAACUUAUUUUUACGAUGCCGAUGAGAAAUCAUCAAAGACAUUAUUGUUGGGCGUCGUAAUUAUAAAAGUCUUCAGUAUAUAUUUCAGUGUAAAAUUACAUUCUAUAAAAUAUUAAUAAGUGUGAUCGAAAUUAAAAUUAGAUGACACAUUUGCGUUUGAUA